GUUUGAAUGCUGAGCAAUGAUUGGCUGCCACUGAGUGCGAGCCGCUGUGAGUCUGAGGCGAGCAGUGAUUGGCUGAGAGAGUGAAUCAGAGUUUCAGCCAUUUUUGCAGAGUCUUUGUGAGCACUGCUCGCUCUCUAACGCAUUGUUUGUGGCAUUCAUUGAGACAAUGAGCGAAGAAUGCGAACUUGAGGUCGACUUCGAGACGCAGGAAGUGCUCGAAGACGACGACGACAUCGCCGGCUGUCUCGUGGAGACCGAGUUCGCGGCCGUCGAGGAGGAGGUGACGGCCGACGAGGAGUGCGACGAAGAGGAAGGAGUGGACGACGAGUUGGACGACUUGGAGGACGACAACGACGACGACGGCGACGACGAGGAGGCCGUCGAGGAGGAGGUGGUGGUCGGCAGUGACGCCAACGGAGUGCAGGACUUCUUGGAGGAGGAGUUGGAGGACGACGUGGACGACGACGAGGAGACGACGGGCGACGCCUUGACGUCGAUGGCGGCCGACGAGAGCGAGGGAUCUUCGGGCGAACUCGUGAUGGACGCGACGGACGGCAAAGUGGGCGAAAACGAAGUGUUCCAGUGGUCGGCGUUCACAGGACUGCGGGUGAAGACGUUCACAGCGGACGAGUUGGCGGCCUUUCGGCGGCCCUUCGAGUUGGGCUGGAGGCGCGAAGUGGUGUUGAGGGGAACCGUGACGUCUUCGGGGAAGAAGAUCGGAGACGUCUACUACUUCUCGGCCGACAAGAAGACAAAACUGCGCUCUUAUGUGGAAAUGGGACUCUUCUUGAAGCGCUCUUCGAGUGGUUUGGCGCCCGAGAACUUCACGUUCGCGCGACAACCCAUUUAUCGUCCGCCGCAAGAGAUCGUGCGCCACGCGAUGCAAAGGGGCGGAGGCCAACACUUGCUCCACCCCUCGCAGAUCAUCGACUCCGCCCCCUUCACGCCCGCCGCCGCGCAGGAAGCGGCGCCCACUGAGCCGCAGCCGCCUAGUGCGCAGACGUCGCCAUUACAGCGUUCGGCGCGAAACUCGACGGCCAGUGAAUCGGAAGAACAGUUCUCAACGUCUAUUGCGGAGGGAAGAGCGAAGAGGAAGCGGGUGGCGCCCACGCGCUUUGAGGACGAAGACUACUCCGAGUCGCCGCUCAAGAAGAAGGGCCACCGCGAGAGAGGGCCCUCCGGAGGCCCGAACGGCGUGGUGGAGGGCGGCGCGAGUUUGAGUGCGGGCGGAAUGGCUUUGAAGCCGACUUCCGGCGCUUCGGCGAACAAAGCGCUGCCUUCGGGACCGAAACCGCAGUUAAGUCUUCAGGAAAAGCGAAGACAACUCCAACACCAACUCCUGCAACAAGUGCACGAACAGACUAUGAAGAAGGCANCGCUCAAGAAGAAGGGCCACCGCGAGAGAGGGCCCUCCGGAGGCCCGAACGGCGUGGUGGAGGGCGGCGCGAGUGGGAGUGCGGGCGGAAUGGCUUUGAAGCCGACUUCCGGCGCUUCGGCGAACAAAGCGCUGCCUUCGGGACCGAAACCGCAGUUAAGUCUUCAGGAAAAGCGAAGACAACUCCAACACCAACUCCUGCAACAAGUGCACGAACAGACUAUGAAGAAGGCGGCGCUCGAGACGCAGCAAAGGGCGGCCACUGCGGCAGCGCUGAUGCCUAAUGGCGGCGAAAGCGCGUCAGCGGCGCCGGAAACGCAGGAAAAGGAGGAAAAGGAGGCGAAAAGCGACGCAAAGAGCGUUCCGUCGGUUUCGGCGCGAAAGAGUAUCGGCGCUCAGAGAAGCAAAACGGAGGCGAAAACGGAGACGCCUUUGACGCCGAAAGUGGAGGACGAGAGCGACAAGACGACGGAUAAGGCGACGGACGAGACGCCGACAGAAAGCGCGGGAAAAACGGCGGAAAAGGGGGAAAAGCCGACGGAAGCCGAAGUGAAGGCAAGCGAUGCCGUGAGUGGCGCCCCCUGUUCUAUGCACUGUCCCGGACGCCGAGGAAUGCUUCCGAAUCUGAUGUGCAGUCGAUGUUUCUGUUUGUAUCACUUGGACUGCGUUCCCGGCGGCGUCUUUCUGGAGGAGCCGCGAGUCUUCGUGUGUCCUAAUUGUCUCAAACCGGAAGACACGCAGAAAGAGCUGCAAAACGGCAAUUGUCUCGCGAACGGCGACUCCGGAGACGACUCGCAACUCAUUCCUUCGCUUUUCGUGUCUUCGGCGCCGAUUCUCAUCCAAUCGCAGCCGCAGCUGAAGCCGCGCUCCACUUUUGCGCCCAUUUUGCCGAAACCGCCGCAACUCCAGAACCAACAGCUCUACCAACAGAUGCGCCACAAGAAGCACUUCCCGUCCUCUUCGCAGCCGCUCGCG